AUGGAGACUAUUGAGAUGGAGGAUGGUACGGAGGGGAUGCUCACAGACGUAGGUUUCAUGUUCGAUGCAUUUCUUGAAAAAGUUACAUGCAGCUACAAUUUCGGUGCCAACGCGGACGUUUCGGUAUUGCUCACAUAUGCCAAAGAGGAGCCAGGUGCACUGCAAAGUGGCCACUACGUCUGGCCAGCAGCUCCUGCACUUUGCGAGUAUCUGACUAAGCACCGCGAUGCAAUCCCAAGCGGGAAUAUAGUGGAGCUAGGUGCUGGCUGUGGUCUUACUGGUCUUACUGUAGCUCAACUGCGACCUGAUGCCACUGUAAUCUUUACGGACCACGACCCGGGCGUGCUGAAGGUCAUCUCACACAAUGCAAGCCAGCAAAAGCGUGCACAGGCUACGUGCCAUACAAAGAGUCUGCGAUGGGGACCCGAUGGCAUUCAGGAGAUUGAGGCACUUGAGAAAUUGCAGGCCGGACCAAUGGGCAGCAAUCGCGUCACUGAGCUGAUCGUCGGCUCCGAUGUCAUCUAUGCUCGUGAGGUGGUUCCUCUACUUUUCUGGACCGUAGAUAGACUACUUUCUCUCAGUGGUAUGUUCCUCAUGUGCUCGAGCUUUUGCUACGAUGAGGAGACAGAGACAGAAAUUGACAUGCAAAGUGUGAAGUUCGGACUCAAAAGAGAGAUCAUCGAAUGUUCCUUGAACGAAGGAGGUACUAGAAUACAGUGUUUUACGCGAACAGCAAAUAGAUAG